CAGCCAAUCGCUCUCCACCGCCAGCGUGACGUCGCCUCCCAUACCCCAUUCCUUCCCAAACCAGCAGAGAAGAAGCAUCACUACCUGCGCCUCUCAUUAUUGCGAGUGAUUUUCACGUCGUGGAGGUCUAUCUCUUCGUAAAUUGGCACAUCCGGCCAGCCUGCAGCCCCAGCGACCUCUCCCUGCGCCCGCCAUCCCUCGCUCCCUCAAGCCCACCGGAGCUGGCCACGCCCCAGGUGUCUCCCCCCGCCAGCCCCCAGCUGCUCACUGGCCACAGCCCCGAGGCACCAGGCACCAGUCCUCGUAGCCCCGUGCGUGUGGUGGUGCGCACCGGCAGGAUGGUGGCGCCCGUGACGUUUGAGAAGUCCUCCCGUUUCUUGGUGAGGGUGCCAGGACCCCCACACCUCCCCGCCACCGCCCCCACGCGUCACCUGUCACUGCAGGAGGAGGAGAAGCCAGAGCCAGCAGCCCCCACCCCGCCUGCCUCUGAGGGGUCUCCCAGUCAGGCAUCACCACCCACUCAGGCAAGAAGCCCCUUGCCUGAAGUCACCACUACCACCACAAUGCGGUGCCUACCAAGGCGGGACGGGGCAAGGCGGCGGUGGUGCAGCAGCAGUUCCUCCACUUCCAGCACCACCAGCGGCAGCAGCACUCCAUUCCGGUCCCUGCGAGGUAAAAGGGGUGGCGGGGCGAGGCCAGACAGCAUGGCUAAGCGGAAGGCAUACGAACUGGAUCCCCAGGAGGACCCAGACAUGGAACGGUGCCGCCAGAAUGCCAUCAAUGCCAAGCGGAACAGGGAGCAGAAGAAGGCACGGCUGGCAGAGCUGGAGAAGCGAGUGGAGGAGGGGGACCGGGAGAGGGACAGACUGCUUGAAAAGAACCGGGAGCUGCAGGAGGGCAUGGCCGAGCUGCAGCGGGAGGUGAAGCACCUCACCAACAUCCUCAGGAAUCAGUCGCGCCUCUCAGACAUCUUGGGCAAGCUGGCGUCUGCGGGUGGCUCAAGGUCAUCACGGCAGGUGGGCGGGGUGCACCCCUGAUCCCCUUGGUGGGACAGGGGGCCCCAGCCACACUGUGCCAGCCUCUGCCCCCUCCAGUCCCUGCCAUGCUGCCUGGCCGCCGCAUCUCACCUUGGGAGAGCAGCGCCCCAGCCUGGCCGUAAAGGUUUGAGUGAAGAGACCCAGCUUAGUAUGCACUGCCUCCAUACCCAUAGUCUUCAUUACACCAUCACCUGGUUCUCAUUCACAGAUGUUUUCCUUAUUUCAGGACUAAUUAUUUAAUGAUGCUUUUGGCUUCAUAAUGUAAGUGAUGAAUAUUAAUUUUGAGAAAGGUUUUUCCAAUUUAAGGUUUUAAGCCUUGCACUUAUUUGUAGGUGAAUGAGGACUAGUUUUAAUUUCCAUAUCAUUUUCAUUCUGUUCUAGUCAUAUUCUUACAUUGGUUUUGGAGGUUUGUGACAUAGCCUUAAAUGUCCCUGAUAGGCUUGCUCCUCUAGCAUUUUUAAAGUUAAUGGUAUUUAUUAUUCCACAGAAUUUACUUGACUUUGUUUUGAAAUUAAGUAGAACUAAAGUUUAGUGCAGUGAUAUUUAUAUAUGUUCAUGUUGAAUUUGCAUGGAUUUCUUUGUUUAUUUAUUCAUUACUGAUGUUAAAAUGUUUGCUAGAUAAUAAUGAUGAGAACUCAUUAGGUUACCUAUGUAUGUGCCACAGUGCAUGCUGCUUAGUUGUUGUCAAGAGGGAUCAAGGAAUGUGCAGUAGACAAAAACAAAAAUAUAUUUAAUUUAUUUAUUUAUUUAUUUAUUUUUUUUUAUUUAUUUUUUUUUUUUUACUUUACACUUCAUAUGAUAAACCCUCGUUAUAGUGAACUAAUUGCAUCAUCAGAUCACUUACGUUAAAAGCAGAAUUUUCAUAUACCAAAAUUGUCCUCAAAUAUAAAUUUUGGGCCUGCCUAGGCCAGUGCUGCUGACUGAACAUUCCAAUUUGAUAAACUCAAAAUUCAGUUUAACAGGGUUCAUCAUGAUGAGGGUUCAUUGUAUAUUGACAAGUCUGUGUGUGUUGACCAAGGACAGUGAUCAGCAUUACCAGUUAUUGAAGUUUUGCCAGACAGUGUUCAGAUCUUGUUAAUACUUCCUGAUUUUGCAGCAUCUCGCUUCAUGAAUCUGAGUUUCAUAACAAUCUCUAAAGUUAUCCACUUGACUAAAUUGUGAUUUGGCACCAAAUGAUGCUGCAAGUUUUAAGACAGCCAGAAACCAUUGCCAAGUACUCUUUCCCUCACUCUUGCAGAAUCAAUUUACAUGAAACUGCCCCAUCCCUGUAGUAAAGAUGAGUUAGUGGUGUGAUAAAAUACCUUUGUUCCAACACGCUUAUCUAUACUUAGUAAAAAAAAAAAAAAAAAAUACUUCAGUAAAAUUGUGGGAACUUUUCUUUCAGAUGCUAACGUGGAAAACCUGAAUGUAUUUAUGCUGCAUUAGUAUUAAUUUGUGCAAUCAUACCCUCUGAGAUUAUAUACUACUAAAGGUUUAACUGGAACCAAUAUAAUUUCUUCCAGACUACAGGUUAGAUUUUCCUGUAUGCCAUAGAUGAAUGAUGGUGUAGGGACAUCAUAAUGUAAUUUCGUAUUUCCACUAAGGUUGUAGCACCUGUUCUUGUCCUGGUAGUGAGAAUACUUGGCUGGUUCAUGCCUUGUUCAAUAGCACUUUUCUCCUGGAUAAGUGACAGUUAGCUGCAAAAGCAGAUUGGCAAGAUCUGAACACUUAUUUAACUCAAAACCCUUUGGAACUCUACACAUUCCAUUCCAUUUAUCUUUUAGCAGCAGUGCAAUAUUAGUUCCUACAACUCAUGGCUGUCUGUCUGUGACCACACCUUGGAUAUUACUUAUCAAAAGAGAAUUGGUAUCAUUUAUUGUGUUUUAAAUAAAUAUUGAAGAUUACAUCAACCUUAUGAAUUGAUGAUUUGUUUUUGUAUGUGCAUCAUUAGUUGAGUCAAGCCUAACAGGGACAUUGUAAGCUGGGUCUCGGUGUUUGGAUGGUGGUAAUUUGUUACUCGAGAAAAUUAUUGUAUAUUUUUGUAAAUAAAUUCACAACUGUU